CCCAGUUUGUAUAACCGAGUUUGUAAAACCCAGUCUGUAAGCCCUUGCGCAUAACCUAUUCGGCUAUAUCUGCGUCUCUUUCUUCUUCAACCUUCACGGCAGCACUCCGCAGCGCUCUCAACCACCGCCACAAUGGGUCGUGUCCGCACCAAGACCGUGAAAAAAUCAUCCCGCCAAGUCAUCGAGCGCUAUUACUCGCGCUUGACCCUCGACUUCCACACCAACAAGAAGGUUCUGCAAGAGGUGGCCGUCAUCCCGACGAAGCGUCUCAGGAACAAGAUCGCUGGAUUCUCUACCCAUCUCAUGAAGCGGAUCCAGAAGGGACCUGUUAGGGGCAUCUCGCUGAAGCUCCAGGAGGAGGAGAGGGAGCGCCGCAUGGACUUCGUCCCGGAAGAGUCCGCCAUCAACACCGAACGCAUUGAGGUCGACAAGGAGACAAUUGAAUUGCUUACUUCAUUGGGUAUGACUGAGCUCCCAGGAGUUGUACUCAAGGAAGAGGAAUCUGGCGCGAUGGCCGUACCUGGUGGAUUCACAGGCGGACGUGGUGGAUUCGCUGGUGGUCGUGGUGGAUUCGGUGGCGGCAGCCGGUACUGAAAGGCUCACGUUCUUCUUUUUUCCCUAAAUAUAUCAAUCAGUUCAGUUUAGGCAAAGCUUCUUCAAUGUUUUGAGUUCUGGUUCUGCCAGAAAAAUGAAUACUUUGUUAUAUUUUGAAUGUUUGCUCCUCUUUUCUGUCUGGUCUAGCUAUUUCGUGGUUGGGUUUAUCUGCAAUUUUAAAACAUUACAUUAGUUGAGUUUAUAAAGAAAUUAAUCCCUCCAAUGUCGGUUUUGUGUUUUUGUUGUUGUUCUGAAUGAAAACCAGGGCGCC